AACCCGCCCCAUUCUCUCUCUCCCUCUCCCUCUCUCUCUCCUCUCCUCGCUCUCGCCAUGGACACCGACGACGAGCCCUCGUCGUCGUCGGCGGCGGCGGCGGCGGCGGCGGAGGCGGAGGCGAUUCCUGCGGAGCCGCCGCGGAUACGGCGGCUGGAGGAGGCGGUGGUGAACCGGAUCGCGGCGGGGGAGGUGAUCCAGCGCCCAGCGUCGGCGGUGAAGGAGCUCGUCGAGAACAGCCUCGACGCCGCCGCGUCCUCCGUCUCUGUCGUCGUCAAGGACGGGGGGCUCAAGCUCAUCCAGGUCUCCGACAACGGCCACGGCAUCCGGUACGAAGAUUUGCCUAUAUUAUGCGAAAGACACACAACAUCAAAAUUAUCUGCAUUUGAGGACCUACAAACAAUCAAAUCAAUGGGUUUUAGAGGAGAAGCCUUGGCUAGCAUGACUUACGUUGGCCAUGUCACAGUGACAACAAUAACUGAAGGGCAAUUGCAUGGUUACAGGGUAUCAUAUAGAGAUGGUGUAAUGGAGCAUGAACCGAAGCCAUGUGCUGCAGUUAAAGGAACACAGAUUAUGAUCGAAAACCUUUUCUACAAUAUGAUUGCUCGUAGAAAAACAUUACAGAACUCCAACGAUGAUUACCCAAAGAUUGUAGACUUGAUUAGCCGCUUUGCAAUACAUCAUACAGAUGUGAGCUUUUCCUGCAGAAAGCAUGGCGCAAAUAGAGCAGAUGUUCAUACGGUGAUUGCAAGCUCCAGGUUGGAUUCCAUCAGAGCUGUUUAUGGUGCUUCUGUUGCUCGUGAUCUGAUGGAAAUUGCUGUUUCUGAUGAUAAUCCUGCUCGAUCAAUUUUCAAGAUGGAGGGCUUAAUUUCAAAUGCCAAUUAUAUAGCUAAGAAGACAACGAUGAUACUCUUUAUCAAUGGCAGGUUGGUUGAAUGCACUGCCUUGAAGAGAGCUAUAGAAGUAGUGUAUGCUGCAACAUUGCCUAAGGCAUCAAAACCUUUCAUCUACAUGUCAAUCGAUCUUCCGUCUGAGCAUGUAGAUGUGAACAUGCAUCCAACUAAAAGAGAGGUAGGCCUUUUGAAUCAAGAGAGUCUUAUUGAUACCAUUCAAAACGCCAUAGAAUCGAAGUUGAUGAACUCUAACACCACAAGGAUAUUUCAGAUUCAGGCUGUAAAUUUGUCAUCAGCAAAUCAAUUUAAUUCGCGAAAAGAUACUGAUUGCAACACAUCCACACCUGCAAUAAAAUCUCAAAAAGUUCCAGUAAAUAAAAUGGUAAGAACAGAUUCACGCGAUCCAUUUGGAAGGUUGCAUGCCUACUGGCAAGAUGGACCAUGUUCACAGGAUGAAAAGAAAUCUGACCUUGUUUCUGUGAGAAAUGCUGUGAGAUCAAGAAGGAAUCCCAAGGAAUCUGCUGACUUAAGUAGCAUCCAUGAGCUUCUUAGUGAAAUUGAUUCUAACACUCACUCUGGUCUCUUGGACGUUGUUAAGAACUGCACGUAUAUUGGGCUUGCUGAUGAUGUUUUCGCCUUGCUUCAACACAAUACACUACUGUACCUUGUUAAUGUGGUAAAUGUGAGUAAAGAACUCAUGUACCAGCAAGUAAUACGCCGAUUCGCACAUUUCAAUGCCAUCCAACUUAGUGAACCAGCUCCACUUCAGGAUUUGCUAAUGAUGGCACUUAAAGAAGAAGACUUGGAAUCCCCUGCUGAUGAGAAUGAUGAUCUGAAACAGAAGAUUGCAGAAAUGAACACUGAGCUUCUCAAGCAAAAAGCCGAGAUGCUGGAGGAGUAUUUUUGUAUAAACAUUGAUCAAGACGGAAAUCUGAUGAGACUUCCAGUUAUACUUGACCAGCACACUCCUGAUAUGGAUCGUCUUCCUGAAUUUUUGUUGAGUUUGGGGAAUGAUGUUGACUGGGAGAAUGAGAAAGAAUGCUUCCAAACUGUAUCUGCUGUUCUGGGGAAUUUCUAUGCCGUGCAUCCUCCCUUUUUGCCAAAUCCAUCGGAAGAUGGGAUUCAGUACUACAAAAAAAACGUGGACAAAAUGCCAACUGAUGAAGAUGCACAGAAUAGAUUAACUAAUUCAGGUAAAGAAGAAGAUGUGGAUCAUGAACUACUUGCAGAGGCAGAAACUGCAUGGGCUCAGCGUGAAUGGACCAUCCAGCAUGUCUUGUUCCCAUCGAUGAGGCUGUUUCUCAAGCCUCCAAAAUCAUUGGCAACAAAUGGAACUUUCAUUCAGGUUGCUUCUUUGGAGAAACUCUACAGAAUAUUUGAGAGGUGUUAGAACAACAAUGCAACAAAAACUCGAACAUGUGAAUUUGGGAGAAAAAUGAAGAUAAUGAAGUGGAACAACAUUUUUGUCGAGCCCUUCGGAAAGGGAUCUGAAAGAUUACAGUUCUUCCUUUUUCUGCCUUCUUUUUGGCAUUUUUGUUACCCUUUUUUUUUCUUCUCCUUUUCUUAUUUUUUUUUUAAAAAAUAACUUUUUACCCUUUUUGGUUUUUCAGAAGGUUGUAAUAUAUGUUAAAGCUUGUAAAAUCUUGUAAAGCUAAAGAGCAUUGAGCUGUUCUAUUGCCCUCCUAAUUACAGAAGAAGUGUUGUUUAA